ACGAAGUUUGCUUUGAGUCGUAGGAACGGAGGGUCCAUUAAGACUUUGGAGACUUGGACGGCUAAACAUUUGAGGAAGUUUGACCAGCACCAGUGGUGGAUGAGCGCACCGGUUUUCAAGUUGAAUGAAGAGCUGUAUGAGCUGGAUGACAAGACGAUUCUUCCGUUUGUGGUUUUCGAAACACCGGAGGGUAUCGAGACUAAGAAGCAGGGAGGUUAUAGUGAGGUGUAUCCGGUACGGAUUCAUCCUGCUCAUCACGAGUUCUGGGAGACUUCAGGUUGCGUGGUGAGUAAAGAACCUCCCACUCCCAAGCUGACUUGCUAAAAAAAAUAUCAGGAAGAAGAGCCUCUCAUCGCCGUCAAACAACUGUUCUCCGACGACGAAAAUGAGUUCCAAAAAGAAAGAACGAUCCUAACUGCCAUGAGCAUGAAGAACCAUCCCCACCUGAUAAAACUUCUAGCAACCUACAAAUACGACGGAAAAUACCACCUCAUGUUCCCCUUCGCCAACGCCAACCUCCGCAAAUACUGGGACGACCGACCAAACCCCUCAUUCGACAAAGAAACCGUCCUCUGGUCCGUCCAGCAAAUGACAGGAAUCGCCAACGGACUCCUACGAAUCCACAACUUCAACGUCACUCGCCCCCUCUCCAUCAACGGACCCGGUAACGCCAGAGUCCAGAAAGACGCCAAACUCAGCGUCCAGAAAGGCGAAGAGUGGUUCGGACGCCACGGCGACAUCAAACCCGAGAACGUCCUCUGGUUCGCUCAAAACCACGAGACUGAUAAUCCGCGUGGAAUUCUCCAAAUUGCUGAUUUUGGACUCGGACGCUUCCAUGGACGAGAUUCGCGGUCCCACGUGAACCCCGAUACCGUGUUCUCAUCGCCAACGUAUGAGCCUCCGGAGUGUAAAUUGCGUCUCCCCGUCUCCCGCGCAUACGAUAUGUGGAGUCUGGGCUGUCUGUAUCUCGAAUUCAUCACCUGGCUGCUCAAAGGGUCCGAUGAAAUCGACGGGUUCUCGAAUUCCAGAGGGAGAGAAGCGACUGCGACUGGGAUUGACGACGAUAACUUCUUUACCAUCAUCAAUGAUGCUGAAGGACCGCGGGCUACUGUCCGAGAACAGGUCCUCACCUGGACGAACGAGUUGCAUUCAGAUGAGAAAUGCUCUCUUCUAAUGCACGACCUGCUCGAUCUCACCAUGAAAGGCCUCCUAGUCGUCAAAUCGGGGGCCCGUUUCGAAGCCAGCUGGCUAUUUCUUCAACUCAACGAGUGCCUGACACGAGCUCAGACCGACGAAGAAUAUAUGCUUCAACCCGUCCCACGAACAAGCACCACAUCUCGGCCGGAGCAGGGACGUGCUAAUACGGCACCUGGGUUGAGAGUACAUGCGCAGACGAACCCGAAGCGGGGGUCGGUGGUUACGUUUGUGGAUACGAAGGCGAGUGUGCAGGAGAAGCUGCCGAGGGAUCUGGUGUUUAGGACAUCGGGGACGCCGGCGCAUAUGAAGACUUGGCCGACUCAUGGGCCGCAGACGGUGAUUAGGGAGGUGCCUCAGUUUGCGAGGUGAAGAAAUCGCUUCCAGGAAAGGGCUUUGAAUCAGCUUGUGGUUUUAGUGCUUUGACAGAAGAAGGCACCGUGUGGGUGCUUGGAGAUGUUGAAGGGGAACUGGUCAAGCGAAGACUUCUUUGCAGCAGAGGUCUAAUAUUCGAGUUUUGAUAGCAAUGCGUCACUCGGGAGACGAGUGCAAGUCUCGAAUCUAUCCGUGGGACGACUCGACGGUCUAAAGUCCUAGCUUCAACUCGGGUGAUGAUGAUGAAGUCCAUAGUCAAGGCGUCGACAAUGGAAGAGUUGGAUCUUGGUGGUCGUGAACCCCAGAGCGAGAAUGAGAAAGCGAGACAAUAUUCUCGUUGAACGUGUAAGAUUCGAAGCA